AUGAUGAAUGAAAAUCAACUCAUGAACGUUAUGGCCCUCAACGGUGGUCACGUCCCUGCCAUCGACAGCGCUGUCAAGAACCCAUCCACGCACGUCUGCGUCCUCGUUUGGUCUCUCGAUGGCUACACCCGCAUCCUCCGCAAGGAGACGUCCACGUGCCCCCUCGAAACCGCGCGCGCACUCGCAGACGGUCUGAUGCGCGAUGCCGGCGACUUGUUCGCCGUCGCGGAUGUCGGCGACCAGCUACACGGCCAGCAGGGCUACCGCGGUGGGAGCGGCAAGUUCGAGCUCGACAAGUUCAAGGCCAUGCGGCGUUUCCCGGGCCCGGCGGACGACACCGCGAUGCUGAGAUAUGAGAAUCGGCAGGACAGGGACGAUGUGCCGAGGGGCCCGGCGGCGGACAGGAAGAGGCACCAUAGGGAGGCGCCGGUGUUGGACUACUAG